AUGGGGACUGUAGACAAAGCUUUUCGAAAGGCAGGUCAAGGUCCAGGCCUAGAAAUAUGGAGAAUAGAAAAAAUGAAAGUAAUUCUACAAGAACCAAAGACGUAUGGAGAAUUCUACACCGGCGAUUCAUACAUCCUUUUACAUACAAAGAAAAAUAUAAAGAGUGAAAAGUUGGAAUGGAAUAUUCAUUUUUGGUUAGGGAAUGAUACAUCUCAGGAUGAGAUGGGUGUAUCAGCAUAUAAAACAGUUGAACUGGAUGAUUACCUUGGUGGGGCACCAGUCCAGCAUAGAGAAGUUCAGGACCACGAAUCAAAACUAUUUCUCUCCUACUUUGCAAAAGGAAUUCGAUAUCUCACAGGAGGCGUUGACUCAGGAUUUAGACAAGUGCAAAGAGGAAAAUAUGAAAAACGUUUGUUUCAAAUAAAAGGAAAGAAAAAUGUGCGCGUAAAACAGGUUGAAUGUUCCUGUAUGUCACUGAAUCAAGGCGAUGUGUUCUUGCUAGACUGUGGACUAACCCUGCAUCUCUGGAACGGACCACAAAGCAGUACAUUUGAACGUAUGAAGGGCCAUCAAGUCGCCAAAAAUAUUCGUGAUGAGGAACGAGGCGGUAAAGCAGAAAUAAGAAUUAUAGAUAUUAGAUGGAACUCCGAUAUUAAAUUCUUUGCCGACUUGGGAUCAAAAACUGUCAUUGCCGAAUCGUCGACAGCUGGUGAUGAUCAUGAAUUCGAAAAGAAACUUAUCUCUGAAAUUAAAUUGUACAGUGUUUCAGACGCUUCUGGCAAAAUGGAAAUAACUGAAAAAUCGAGAAAACCAUUUGGACAGACCGACCUUGAUUCAAAUGACUGCUUUAUUCUUGAUGCUGGUCCUAGCGGUAUAUUUGUAUGGGUUGGAAGAAAAUGUACAAACGAAGAAAAGAAGUCGGCUUGGAAAUAUGCUACAGAUUUUUUAGAAAUGAAGGGAUACCCAAAUUGGACAGCUAUAACCCGUAUCGUAGAAAGAGGCGAGACACCAGUGUUUAAACAAUAUUUUACCUCAUGGAUAGAUUACAAUGAUCAAAAGGGACUUGGAAAUGUUUAUAAUGUUGGCAAUAUAGCAGAAAUCAAAGAACAAGAAGCAAUAGACUACUGUAAGCUGCACGUACGAAAACAGUCGAUAGAAGAAAAUGAUUCAAUAGACAAUGUACAGAAUAAGAUAUGGAAAAUAGAGAAUGGAGGAGUGCGAUUAUUACAGAAUUGUCCCUUCACAGUUUUAUCGUCUAAUUCCUGCUACAUAAUUAUUUCAACAUUCAGCAUCAAUCUGAAAAAGCAUACUCAUGCAUAUUUUUGGCAGGGCACACGAAGUUCUACAGACGACAAAACUGCAUCUGCUAUUUAUACCAAAAGACUUUGUGAAGAGACGGAAAAUGGAACGAUAGAGCAGAUACGAAUAGAACAAGGAAAAGAAACCGACACUUUCAUGAAAAUUCUUGAUGGAAAACUUAUCAUCACAAUGAAUGAAGAUUCAACAGAUAAAGACCAACAAAUGUAUCAUAUUAGAGGAACAAAUACUCAUAACACGAAGGCCAUAGAGGUGGAGUUCGGAUCCAAAUCGCUGAACUCGUACGAUGUGUUUCUUGUACUUUCAAAAUCCGUUUUAUAUAUUUGGAUUGGAGAGAUUUCGAUUGGAACGGAGAUUCACGCAGCUAUGACACUAGCAACAUACUUAUCUCCAGAAAGUUGUAUUAAUAACAUACACGAGGGUGAAGAAACCGAUUCGUUUUGGGAUGUACUUGGUGGAAAAGAUCUUUAUGCUCAGAGUACCAGAAAUAAGAUAAAAGAGUUGAACAACCAAAAUCUUGUCAGACUAUUUUCAUGUUCAAAUACCACCGGGAUGUUCAAAGUUACAGAAAUUGUUAACUUCACGCAACAGGACCUGUUAGAAGAUGAUGUGAUGCUGUUAGAUGCUUUUGACAAGAUAUUUGUUUGGGUUGGAAGAGGAGCCAAUCGGCUGGAACGCCAGAAAUCUCUCGAGACUGCACUUAAUUACUUAACAUCGGACCCAUUUGGAAGAACAGAAGACAACACUAGAUUAUUUCAGAUAAAACAAGGAUACGAACCGUCUACAUUCACUUCACAUUUUCACGGAUGGGAUCACAACUGCUGGCGGUCGGGAAUCUACAAGAAGGAAAAUAUAAAUUUAGACACCAAGACUGAAGAAAUAACAACUGUUCAAGAGGAACUGGAGAAACUAGAUCAAAAUUAUUCACACGAACAGCUUCUCCAGAAACGAUUACCUGAAGGUGUGGACUCUACUUGCAAGGAAAAGUAUUUAAAAGACGAUGAAUUUCUCAGAAUAUUUGGAAUGUCAAAAGUAAUGUAUGCAUCUAAGCCGAAAUGGAAACAACUAGAACUAAAGAAAAGAGUUGGUCUAUUUUGAAAAUUUUACGACUAUGGUAAACUUGUUUUAUAUGUGUUUUGAAUCUAACAUUUGCAUAUUUUUAAUUUUGUAAAUUUAUUACAUGUCCUUACAAUGAUUAAAGACAAUACUAGUAUAUACGA